ACCACACCCUUCACACAUUUCUCCUCCGCCCCCUCGCCUCUGCGAGAUUAGCGAAUCAGCCCCCCUACCACCGCUUUUCCCCGCAAAGCCACGCCACGAUGGCCUCCUCGCCCGCCCCACCAGGACACCACGACGAGCGCCACGAGUCCACCUCCAGCUCCGCCGAUGACGACGAGAUCACCGCCGCAGCCGAGGCCAGCCCGGAGCAGGGCGGAGGCGGAGGCGGAGGCCGCGGCACCGGCGGAUCGGGCUCCGCCGCCACGGAGGGCGACCAGAAGGGAAAGGGAAAGGUCGUCGAAGGUUCGCAAGAGGCCGCCAAGAAGGACAAGGUCGAUUCCCAGCUAAAGAAGUUCAUCAGGAGGAGCUUUCUUGCGGUUUCUGAAGGCUUCAAGAAAAAGCUUUCAGAUAGACAAGGAAAGCAACUGGAUGAGGCAAGCACGUCAAACUCGCCACCUCAUGUGGAUCACAAGAAAAUUCCCAUGGAAGAAGCUGUGUAUCAUUAUUUUGGGGACAUCCAUAAUGUUCUGAGGCUAUCGAAAAGGGAAAGGGAGUCAGUUAUCAUUAUGCGCUUGGUGCCUCUUCAUAGUCAUUAUUCAGCAUUGAGGCCAGUGUAUAGAGAUGGGGAGAGUUUCUACAGGAGCUUCAUAUUUUCCUACCUGGAGCAAAUUGUUGAUAGAGUAGACAUGGGUGAGGAAGAUCGCCUUCUUGCUGCUGUUAGAGAAUUGGCUAGACGGGCUGAACAUUUUCAGUGGGCCUCUGAAUUUCCCCGGAGGCGCGAAGAGAUGCAGUGUUUCACAAUAUUGGCAUUACACCACACUCUUACACCCUCUUCUCAGACAAGUUAUGUUAGUCAUGCUUGUUCAUGUCAGAUUAUUGAUGGUCAGCGUUCUUUCUUGCAGGCAUUUGAGAAGCUGAUAGAGAAAAUAAAGGGAUGGAAGCGCAUGUUGCAGUACCCAACAUUAAGAGUCAGGUUUUUGAAACGCUACAACAGGGGUGAAUUUCUCCUCGAGUUCUUCAGCAGUUAUGAUACAACGGAUGAUAUUUUUGCUUUCCUCAGAUUAGCAGCAGCAAUCUGGAUGUGCUCGCCCGACCACAUAACGAUGUAUGCACCGGGUGUGAUUGGGCCUGGAGAAGGUCGCAGUCUGGAAGAUUGGUGCUCGACACAGGUUAUUCCUCCCCGUGUGUAUGCAGACGAGGUUGCAGUAAGAGCCUUGGCGGCUGCACUUCAGGUGUUCAUCCGAGUGGAGGCGCCAGAAUAUGGAGGUCGCCAAGAUAGCUACUACAUCGCCCGUGACAGACCCCGUGUGACCUUGUUGCGCAUGGACUCUCAGUAUGACAUUGUCUACCCACUCUCUCCUGAGUUGAUUCACCAAAGGGCUAAGCGUGGAGGAGCGAGCAGGUUCUACUGCUGCAUAGGUGGAGAUUCAAAUCUGCAACGGCUGUCGCAACAACAAGAAGAACGAGGAGGAGGAGGUCAGUAGCAUAGUGUAUCUAGUCAAGGGGCAGCGAGAGCGAGCUGGUUCCACUCCUGCUCAGGUGGUUCCAAGAAGAAACAGUCUUGAGCUGAUGAAGCUCAUAGUAACUAGGAUCGAUGAAGAAUAGGAGAUCUUCUGUUUCCCUGUGAGGAGAAGGAACAUUAACAUUGAUCCUUCCUGAUUUUUUGAGGAAGAUCCUUCCUGAAUUGUGCUCUAUUGAUCCUUCCUGGAGAACAACUCAAUCGAUCUUUGACAUGGCUUUGGCUCGCGAUUUUGAUAUGCUGGUAGCUGUGAUCAAAUGAAUCCACAUUAUUGCAGUUCUCAUUUCUUGUCUAUUCUUAUACAUGUGUGUGGAGUUGUUUUCUGUCCA